AUGGGGACGCCACAUGUGUGCUUUGCGGAUGAGUUGCCACAGAAGACCAAGCAGCAGCAGCAGCAGCAGCAGCAGCAACAGCAACAAAGCGCCAGCAAUGGCAGUCUAAACAGCAACAACAACAACAGUAGCAGUAGCAGCGCCGCCAUUGCCGUCGGCAAGCCCAACGGCGGUCACUCACCCUGCAGCAGCAGCAGCCUGAGCGUGUCCCCCACGCCACGCUACGAGCGCAACAUGGGCUUCUUUCAGCAACUGAGUCGCCGCUUCGGUCUGAGGUCACACGAUGACCUAAUUCAGGAUGAUGAUGACGCGCUCACUGCUUCGGUUGCCACAGCUACGGUUGCAGCUGCAAGCGCCGGCGUUGCAGGCGUUGCUGCAACCGAGGACGAUGCCAAUAGUUCAUCGACCGACUCGUGCUCCUCUUCCACCGGGGCAAUGGGGCGUGGCACGUCAAUAGCCUUAGAGCUCAUGUCGUGCGCCUCGAGCGAGACCAGCAGCACUAUCGAUAUUGAAGAGCAGCAGCAACAACAACUGCAACAACAACAACAUCAGCUCAAACGGAAAUCGCUUUCUCGCGCCAGCUUCUCUCGCUUGCACCGACGCUCAACAUCUUCGCUGCGUCGUGCCUUCGAAAGCCUAUCGCUGACGUCCCGCUCGCUCUCUUGCAGCGGUCCUUCACCGCCACCGCCAUCAUUACUGUCAACAUCAAGAACAACAACAAUAGGAGAAGGAGCAGCAGCCACUGUUAGCGCGAUGCCAUUAAAGUCUGCACUCAAGUCCGCCUCGAGCGUGGAUUUGCAUAAGCACAACAAACAACAAACAGGAGCCGGCUCAAAGUCCAGCUCCGGUUGCUGCACGUCAUCAGCUCCUUUGGCGAGCUCCUCGUCAUCGAAGAGCAAGUCAAAGCCGCCGCCGCAGCGCAUUCUACGUCAGCCAGUCUCGUACACAUAUCUGAAGGGCAUGUCUGGGUUGCCGACGCAGCGUGUGCCGCGCAGCUCGGUUUGUUGUCAGUAUGCGCGACGCUGA